CCUACAUUACAAGUAUCUUCUUCUCCUCUCCUUCAAGGAUACAAUGAAUUAUGUUUCUCUUUGUUUUCUUGCCCUGUUUCUUCUUCCCCUGGGUUCAUUUCAUACUGAUUCCAAGCGUCUACCACCGUUGCCAGUACCGCCAUUCAACAUCCCACAGGCUGAAAUCUGCAGAUAUCUGGGUUUAGACUAUCGUUCAAUCAAUCUACCAGCUCUUUAUGUCUUCGGAGAUUCAUUUAUCGAUGCCGGUAACAAUAACUAUCUGGACACAACAUCCAAAGCCAACUACGCACCCUACGGAAUCGAUUUCGGAGGCGUCGCGACCGGACGUCCCACUAACGGAAGAACCGUCGUCGAUUUCAUCGCUCAAGUUGUUGGUUUGCCGUUUCCUCCUCCUGUUAUGGGAUUAUCUGGAUCCCAGAGGAAGAUCACUACCGGUUUAAAUUAUGGUUCCUCUUCUGGUGGGAUAUUGCCUUUGCCUUCGUCUCUAGCACCGAUAUUUGGACAUGUUUUGAGCUUCGAUGAACAGAUACAAUUGUUCAAUCACACAGUUUCGAACUUGAAGGGUCAAUUCCAUAGCCUCGAAAGUUUCGAUUCCUACAUGUCUAGUUCAUUGUUCUUCGUCCAUAUAGGGGGCAAUGACCUUGCCUUGUACCGGGAAUUAGGAAAGUUACACGAAGAGUUAUUUUCCGUGAAGAAAUACACUCUGCUCUUAUCGAACGAGUUAUACAGUCGAUUAGAGGCUAUGUAUGAGCUAGGAGCAAGGAAAUUCGUUGUGAACAACGCAUUUCCAUUCGGCUGUCAGCCUGUAAAUCUUCACCAAAAAACGAACGACACUUCAUUUUUGGAAGAUAUGAAUGAAAGAGCAGCUUUAUUCAAUGGACGCCUCCAUAAGAUUCUGAGAAAACUCAACAAGUCCUUGAAAGGAUCCACAUUCGUGCUGUUUGACAUGUACAAAUUGUUUGAAGACGUUCUUGCUCAGCCCGCAACAUACGGAUUCACGAACAUAAAUGAUUCGUGUUGCAUCGAUGUAGCGGGGGAUCAAUCGCGUACGUGCCUCCCGAGCAGUGUUCCUUGCGCCGACAGAAAAAGUCAUGUGUUCUUCGACCCGUUCCAUCCCUCCGAGAGCAUUCAUUUCUUAUGGUUCAGGCGGUUGUUCCAGGAUAACUUACUUGACCUAAUUCAAUCUUAAACUAAUGUUUUGUAACAAUGUUGCAAUCAUAUAUAUCAAGUUUGAUCAACCUCUUGUUUCCUCUCAUUAUUUAAAUAAUUGAGUAUGAAUUAAAUAAACUCAAAAUAAUUUUUUCAGGACUUUAAUUCGAGUA